UUGUAUUGUUGCCGAGCACUCGCUCGAAUCCGAGGAUUUUUCGCCUCAACGUGAUCCACCAACAACUGAUGGACUUCAAGGUCUCUCUAAUGUUUUGUGCGACAGUGACAAUUCAAGCAGAGCUAGAAGAGCCAUUUGCUGAGUGAGUAAGUAUCAAGCCGGGUCAUCACAUUCAGACCAAUUCGUUUACGGGAAUGUCAGCUGAAUUCGACCGCAUUCGACGAUUGAUUGUUUCUUCCGUCUUCCUCUCAAGGAGGAUCAGUGGUGGAUGCGCCCUUGGCGCAGUAAUUGGCGUCGACGAUUACAAAUUGCCUCAGAGUUCCUGAACCUCCAAAUCUUGGUCCCACAGACAACCCGCAGUCUUAGUCUCGCUUCCAUCCACCUCAAGUUAAAGGCUGAUUCACGACGCUCUAUUUCCAUCCUAUUAAGGGGAUAAUCCAAUUAGAGCCUUGUUUUCUGGAGUGCUCAAGCGAGUGGUUGGAACAAGUGGAACAUCCCUGGAAAAUAAAAGUGUUUUACUCAUCCAACGAAACUUCAAUGUCGGACUGGAGGGCUCGGAUGAAAGAGAUAAUCCAUGGAAGAACCAACCCAUUGAACCUUGAAGGCUGAGCCUAUUUUCUAAAUCUGACAUCGUUGCCAAACAAAACGUGGUGUCAAGCAUUUUUGGUACCAUACAGAGCGACCUUGAAAAAUCGAGGGAGAGAACACUAGCAACAACCACAAGAAACUAACAUGUCAACUUAGCCAUGCACAAGCUGAAAAGGCUCAACUUGCUGUAAAUAAAUCGCCCAGGGAAGCGUUGACGGGGAGUCAAGAUCUUGUCAAACUCGUAUAUUCAUUCAAGUUUGGCAGUGAAAAACGCCAUUCUUGACUUGGUACAACAUCCUGAGGAUCGGAGCUCAAGUUUGUUGUUCGCGCUUGAGUCACAAUGGACCGCUUUGAUCAAAUGGAACGAAUGCAAUGGUCUUCGAGGAGUAACGCUUCCAAGGGUCCGAAACGAUUGUGCAGAUUCUGUUUGUUCGCCAUUCUGGUGCCCAUCUUGUGCCUCUGUGUGCCAUUGUACAUUCGUUACCAGGCUUUGAAGCCACAUUUCUUUACCUUGUCACCGGCAGACAUGAAACUCCUGAAUCAGGAGAGCCGUGUUUCCACUGUUUGGUGCCAGGAACAAGAGCUAAGAAUGAAUGGUUCGUUCAAUGCUUACUUACUCUCCGAGCGCCCCCAACUCCAGCGCUACCGUCAACAUGUCAAGAUGAGACGCAAAAUGAUGCUCCAAGAUGAUAUCAAGGAAUACUGGGGCUUCUACCUCUUGAGGGGCUCAUUUGUCCGUCUGUCUGUUUGCUCAAGACAUGAAGGCGCCAGUUUUAUCGUAGUCAAAGGUCUCAAAGAUGCCAGACGAUGCGCUUACCUAGGAGAGCUAGACUCGAUCGAAGAGUCAGAUGAGAUAUCCGAAGAAUUUGAAUUCAAUCAUGAAAUUGUACCCGAAAAUUCAUUGCUCAAUCGAACGAUGAACAAGGAUGAGAGAACGUCAUUAUGGUCGUCGUUGGAGAGGAGUGGCAAUGAUUCCUCACAGCAAAAUCCAUUGUUGGAUAUCAUUGAUCAAUUGGACACUCGACAAAAACACGAAAUCGUUCGAACGAUCUUACAGCGGCUCAAUCAAGACCCGAAUUCCGAGGAGAGACUUCUGGACUUGGAAAUCCGAUCAAAAUUCGAGGCCUUUCAAAUGAGAGAAAAACAGAAAUCUACAUUCCCCAACGCGAUGGAAACAACAACGCCAAGACUUUCAAGAGACCUUCAGAGCCGCAAAAGCAGAAUAAAAGAUGAGAUCACUCAAACUGAUCAAGAAGUUCAUGGACAGGAAGUCAUUGACACGGACAAUUUUCCCGAGGGCAUCUACAAUCUCAGGGACCAGGGUCGCUUUGACAUGCAAACUGAGAAUGACAUGUCCAGAGAGGAAGUGAGAUCGUCAUGGUCGAGUAGCGAGGAGGCCUUGGCAGCUUGUGAGGGCCUCAUGUACAAUGUGCCUCUAAAUGGAGCUACCCGUUGUCAAGCUGGAUCCACCGAACAAGAUCUCAGAGAGAUCCAGACCGAGAUCUCUUUCGAAGUGGCUGAAACCGGGUUCUAUUACUUCAUUUUCGCCAAUGAGAAUGAGAUCACCGACAACUUCCUAUUCGCUACCUUCGAUCUCCACAAGACCGCCUUCGAUGUGAGCAGCAAUGUGUUAAAUUGCACCAAUACGACGGUGUGUGAGCUGCCACUUGGAUUUUGGUCCGAAGAUCACGUGGUUUUGGAAGUCCCCGAGGAAGAAAAUGAUCCGUGCAACGCAUUGGUUGGCUUUUCGUCGCUGGAGGAAUGCCAUCGUAUUAUUGUGGCCGAAAGCAUUUGUCAUCCUCGAAAGUCCAUUUAUGUGACUUUUCUUAUUUCUGUCCCAGUGUUCAUUCUCCUUUUUGCAUAUAUCUGAGGCAAACUGGGGCCACAUAUCGUACUCUUGGCCUUAAGCCAGUCCAAAAUGUCAGAGAAGAAACUUCAUUAUUUUUGCUGGAUUAAUCUAUUGCUCAGAACCUCGUUGAUAUUUUUAUACAAUUUGUUUAUCUGCCGUAGGACUCACUGGCUGAGCCCAAUAAAUGAGGAGGAAAACUGCUACUGGGAAUUUUA